AUGGGCGCCCCCGGCAAUAUUUCCGGAGAGAGCAAUGCGCUCAUGGUGCAAGUGCCGUGCAUGGUCUUCUUUGUGUUGACACCUAUCUUCUUCACGGUGCGCAUCUGGUCAAGACUCAAGCUGCGCUCAGGGUUUGGGUGGGAUGACUGGACCAUCUUGGUCUCGUUUAUCUGCUGUAUGACGGUUUCGGUGCUCAUGAUGGCCUCGGUUCAUUACGGCUUUGGCCAGCACAUCUUUAAUAUUGAGAAGAGCAAUCGCAUCAUGGCAAUGAAGCUGUUUUACGUUGCUCAAAUCUUUUACAAACUCACAAUCAACCUCACCAAAUCUUCCAUCCUGUUGCUCUACCUCCGCCUCUUCUCCCUUCACCGACCGUUCCGCAUCACCUGCAUCGCCCUCCUGACGGUCAUCCUCCUCUAUUGCAUCGCCACCACAGCGUCCUCCAUCUUCCAGUGCACGCCCAUCCCGCGUGCCUGGAACCGCUCCAUUCCGGGGACGUGCAUUUCGUUGACGUACAACUGGUACGCCAAUGCCAUCUUCUCCAUCUCAACAGACGUCGCCAUCAUCCUGCUGCCCCAGAGAGUCAUCUGGAAGAGCCAGCUGCCCACCAGCCACAAGCGGGCCCUCAUGGGCGUGUUCGGCCUCGGCGUAUUCGUCACGGUAACGAGCAUCCUGCGCAUGACGACUCUUAACUUUUCCACCCGCAGCCCGGACCCCACAUGUUCGUGGCCCCGUACCCCUUCAGUCCGCUCCGGCACACGCGACGAGUUGCUAACACGUUGUGAAACUAUAGAUGACAUAGCUUCUACGCUGUGGACGAUGAUUGAGAUUCACGUGGCCAUCAUCUGCGCGUGCCUGCCCAUGUGUCGCCUGCCCCUCGCCUACCUCUUCCCCUCCAUCCUCGGCACAACGGCCAAGACGUCACCGUCCAACGCGACAUCCGCGUCCGAACAGCCCCAGGGCGCGCCAGACGUUCCGCUCGAGCCGCUGCCCACGCGCGGCGGCGACGUCGAAAAGGGCGAAGGCAACCCCGCGGCGUUCGUGCGCGCCACGCGCGGCGACAGCGAGGAGUAUAUCCUGCGGCCGCUGACGGGUCAGGGCAGAGGCGAGGAUGAGGAGGAGCAUAGGGAAGGGGGGCCGGAGAGUGGUAUCCAGAAGACCAUGUGGUUCGAGAUGAGAUCGGAGAGGAGUACGGUCGCACCUGGGCAGGCGAUGUAG